AUGGAGGACAAGAAGUCGGGUAUGUUUGACGUCAAUUGGCAGAAAGUGUGGCCCAACCGCAUGCCUGUGAUCCUGCGGGACUUGGCGCCGACGAACCCGUUCAACCCGCGCAACUUGUGGCCCGAAGAGCCCAAAGACGGCGACGCCGCAACGACUACCGGUGCCGCGCCCGCCAGUGCUGGCGCUACGUCAGCGCCCACGGCGUCCCCGACCGACAAGAAGGCCACUGCAGGCGCGAGCAGCGGCAAAGUGAAGAAGGCCGACCUGAUCCGCAUGCAAUUGGCCAAAGAGAAGGCCCAGAAGCAGAGCAAAGUGGACGAGGAGAAGCUCAUGAACAUCAAGAAGGCCAAGAACCUGCUCGACAUGAAGAUGGUGACGCCCACGGGUCGGCUCAAACAGCUCUACGAGAUUCUGCGCGACAGCUGCAAGAAAAAAGAGUACACGGACGCUGUCGAUACGCUGUGGGAGAUCCAGCGCACAAAGCUCGUGGCCACUCGCGCCGCUGAUGGCCGCAAGAAGCACGAGAAGCAGAAGAAAAUGGACGACGACGAGCACGCCAAGUUGCAGGCGGACUUUAAUGCCGUCCACAAGAAGUACCGCAAGUACGUGAAGAUUGUCAACGACUACUUGAGCGGCAAGGACUUGAUCGAGUGGCAACUCACAGAGAUGUCGGACCGUCUGCCGCCGCUGAACAUGCACCACAUGAACAAGUUUAUCCUCGACGAUUGGCAACGGACAGUGCUGUCUCACAUUGACCAGAACCAUUCCGUGAUUGUGUGUGCCCCAACGAGUUCGGGCAAGACAGUGCUGUCGUCCUACGUGUCGGUUGUCGGUGGCCGCGUGCUGUUUGUAGUGCCCACGGAUCCCCUUGCGUGGCAAGUAGCAGCGCUGUUCCAGGCAAUGGUGAAAGGCUCAGUUGCCUUGAUUACGGACGGUACGGUGUUUCUGCCGCCUGGGUUCCGUGUUGCGGUCGGAACUCCACGAGCGGUAGAGUCAACGCUCAUUGACAUCGGCUACGACUUCCAGUACGCUGUGUAUGACGAGGUGCACGACUUGAACGGACCGGAGGGUGGCGCGUUGGAGCGUAUCAUCAAGGCAGUGACGUGUCCGUUCUUGGCGCUGUCUGCUACGAUCGGCAAUGCUGAGAAGCUAAAGGGCUGGUGGGAGUCGCACCAUUCGCGUGAAGUCCACCUUCUCGAGUACAAGGGCCGGUUUAUCAAUCUGCAGCGAAUCAUAUGGCACGAGGAAGAAGCCAAAGAGGAGGGCGCGAAAAAGAAGCAAGAGAUGGUGUACUUGCACCCGUGCGCUGGUGUGACAUUGGACUACCUCACUACUAUCGGCUUCGAUGCCGGUGACCUGGCGUUCACUCCUCGCGACGCGUUUGCCUUGUGGCAAGCAAUGGAAAAGUUCUACACUGCUGAGCUGAUUGCGGAUGUCGAUCCACACAAGUUCUUCGAGCUUGAGGAUGAAAUCGAAGCCGAGGUCGCAGGCCCCGUCGCAUCCUCGACCAAGAAGGAGAAGAAGCCAAAGAAAGACAAGAAGUCGAAAAAGGACAAGAAAGAGGUUGGUGCUGACGACGACUAUGUCGUUGACCUCGGCAAGCGCACUCACCGCAUCACGCUGAUGGAGUCGAAGAAAUACGAAGAUAAGAUCAAGAAGCGCUUGGAAGAUCUUGCUGUGAAAGAGCCAAAGGCGACCCAGUCGCUCCUUGACUUUUUUGCACCGCCGGCGAGUCUGCAGGACGUUACCGUGGAGCUUCGCGACCCGCGCGACACGGAUCCCAGCAAUGACGUGGACGUCUACGCGCUUGUGAAACAGCUUUGUGCAAAGAAUCUUGUCCCCGCAAUUGCUUUUCAGCUUGACUCAGUUCGAUGUCGUCAGCUGUUUAAUCAGCUUUUGACGUCCAUCGAGGCUGCUGAGACUGCAAAGUAUCCGAACUUUCGUGAAAAGGUGCAGCUCGAGUACGCCGAGUGGGAGAAGAACCAGGCGUCUAUAAAGAAACGUGAAGCCAAGGUGAAGGCGAAGGGAAAAGAGGAAGACGAUCGCGAGGCACAGGCGUUCGAAGAGAAGCCGCCUCCGGACAUUUACGCGCCUCACCCUGACUUCGUGUUGACGCCUCCUGGCUCCCGUCUCACUGCUACCGAGUUCAACGAAAUCAAAUGGCAAUUGCGUCGCGAACUAUCUGAGGACUCUGAUGACGGACACGCGCUAGUGCGUUCGCUACGACGUGGUAUUGCUAUCUACAACCAGAAUCUACCUGCAGCAUACCUGCGGAUCGCACAGACGCUUGCCCAAGGUGGUCGUCUAGCAGUCAUGUUCUCGGACGACUCGCUCGCCUACGGUGUAAACAUGCCGUUCCGGACGUGCUGCUUCUGCGAAGAUACAGCAGACGAUGUCUUGACCUCGCUCAUGGUGCAGCAAAUGGCUGGUCGUGCUGGCCGUCGUGGUCUAGACAGACAGGGUAACAUUUUGUUUGCUGGUCUGUCAUGGUCCCGCAUUCAGUUCUUGAUGCGUGGAAUGCUGCCGGACGUCACGGGCCGCAAAUCGCUCUAUCCGACGAUUGCUCUGCAAAAGCUGCUCUCGGCCAACGUCACGGGUGAAAUCAUGCAGCGCAUUGUAUCACACCCGCUGGGCGAGUACAUGACAAAGCAGGAGACCACGUCCCAACCUUCGGAGAAACAGGAGUCGUACUUGACGAAGUCUGUGGAAUGGAUGACUCACUUUGGCUUGACCAAGCCAGAGUACAGUCUUGCAGUAGAUGUGUCUGUGGCAAAGCUUGUAUGGGAGUGCCGAGACGAUCCGUCGGAGGCGCUGGGGAUCUUUUGGAUGUUGGAAGCGGUGCUGAAAGAGUUUCACCACAAGCCUGGUGAUAACAUUGCUCUUCAGCUUUCCCUGUUCAACAUGCUGUUGCGUGUCGUUGGUCGUGAAAGGUUCCACCCGGAGUAUGCUCAUGGAUCAGAGCUUGCGCCUCUUCCUGGUCAAGAAGAGGUGUGGGACAAAAUGUCGCUUUUGCUGCAGGCGUACGAAGACAAGGUCAAUGAGCUGGGCGAGAAUAUACCGGAAGAAUUGCGCCUGCGAGUAGAUUUGUCGCAUCCUCUUGAUGGAUACGUGUUCCGCACGGUCGUGGAGAACCUGAUUCCUCAGGGUCUUGGCACGUCGCAGCUGAAUCAGAUCAAGAAACGCCUGCGUCACGUCGGUGACCGUCUUCGUUUGAUGCAUAACUUGCUCAUGUACAGUGGCCGUUAUGGCGAACUGGAAGAGAUCGUACGCAAGUGUUUCCGCCGCAUCAAGUGGAUCCUCAUCGAUUCCGAAGUGUAA